AUGCCUAACGCCGAAUUUCCGCACAAAUGGGGAAUGGUCGUAGACCUGGACAAGUGCACGGGCUGCCAGGCCUGUGUGGUUGCGUGCCAGGCGGAGAACAACAUCCCCAUCAACACCAAGGACUACUUCCUGCAGCGGCGCGCCUACGAGUGGAUCCGCAUUGAACGCUACUGGGAAGGCGAGUACCCGAACAUCAAGGCGCGGUUCAUGCCGGUGCUGUGUCAGCACUGCGAGAACGCGCCGUGCGAGCCGGUGUGUCCGGUGUUCGCGACCUACCACAACGAAGAGGGCCUGAAUGUUCAGGUCUACAACCGCUGUGUGGGCACCCGAUAUUGCAUCAACAACUGCCCGUACCAGGUGAGGAUGUUCAACUUCUGGCAUCCCAACUGGCCGGCCCGGCUGGAAAACCAGCUCAAUCCGGACGUCACGGUGCGGACGGGCGGUAUUACCGAGAAGUGCACCUUCUGCGUCCAGCGUCUCCGCCGGGGAGAAAUCGAGGUUGAGGCCCGGGGCGGGCAGCGACUGAACGACGAGCGCAUCACCGGAGGCAACUACGAUCCGGCGUGCGUGCAGGCUUGCCCCACCAACGCCCUGAUGUUCGGCGACCUCGAGGAACCCGAUACUGCGAUCAAGCCGUACUUCGACGACGUGAACGCCCACCCGGGCCACGGCGAGCCUGACCGGGAGACCCGGGGCUACCGUCUGCUGGAAGAGAUGAACACUCGUCCCAGCAUCAUCUACCUGAAGAAAAUCGACCAGUACCCCCUUAAGGGCGGACACUGA